UCACCAAGGAUGGUAUUAAACUAUAAUAACCGCGCAUAUGUCUUUCCGCUGUAAAUCUCAGCUCCUUACGUGACUGCCAGUUGUACAUAAAUCUAAACGCCUAUUACCAACGCCAAAUUUUUAAAAACUAUGGAGUUCUGUUAAGCUUUUUCCACCAGUUUAGCGCCGAUUGACAGCCGUCGACAACCGUCGACAAUAAAUACCGAAAGACAAUUGGGUACAUCUUGGACCGGGACCGUACAUGGGCUUAUCAGGAAAUCCUUACCGAAGCCGUGGUUGUUCUCUGGUUGGCGUUGCACAUUACGCUGAAGUUUGGCACGCGUUUCUUUCCGGAAUGGCAGAAUACUCGCGUCGAUCCCGCUGUACCGACGGAUCUGGACAACCUCAUGGCCAGACUGGGUUAUGUAUAAUACAAUGCAAGCGCAAACUCAUCAGGGACUUGCCACCGCCUCCCAUCCCAGAAAUCUUCGUAUGUCAUUUGAAGCCAAUGGGCGCAUGCGAUUGGGAUGAUAUCGUCUCCGGAUGGAUACCCUCGGGCGCCGAAAGCAUCAACGAUAAAGACAACCUGCCGCACCCGGCGGCCAACGAACACCGCGGCCAACUGGGCUACGUCGCCGUUUUCACCAUGGUCUGCACCACGGUUCUUCUGAGUGUAUCCGUGUGUUGCUCAAUGUUUGUCAAUCGCAACUGGCGCUACCACCUGUUCACACAACACAUUCGGCGGUGCCAGUGCAUCCGGGCGUUCUUCGACGGCGUUAUGUCAUCACCACUAACUGGCUGCGCAUUCACCGGGUUGCUGCUCGGCGCGAUGGUGGCAACAGGUUUCACCAUGAUGGUCGGUUUCUGUGUGUGGCUGUUGUUAUGGGGGUUACCCGUUGUGCUGGUGAGCGGCGCCGCUGCCUGCGUAGUCACUGACACCGUCGGUCAGGCGGCCGUGUUCCCGUGUUGUGUCCUGUGUGUGUGUGUGCUCUGGCCGCAUUUGGGGAUUGUGGAUGGAGGACACAUACUUUGACUGGAUAAACAGUAAAUUCAAGCGGAUGUGCGGUGUGGCGCUGGUGGGGGAUUCUUCAGAGAUCAAACAAGUUCCGCUUAAAGCGGCAGAUAUCCAAAUCCCCCCAUCCCUACUGAACUGGACACCGGAGAUGGAGAUGAAAUCCAGACUGAAAUUGCGACGCAACUUUUUCAAAUUGAAACUUGGCAUCUUAGCUAUAUGGAGUUAUGCUGCGUAUACGCUUAUCAAACCACUGGAGAAUUCCAUUCCUUCGUCUGAUCCCUAGGAUCCGGCAUCGCGGUGGGGGAGACCAUACGACCGGGAUUAUAACCACACCGGAACAUACUGUCAUGAUUACAGAACGGACAGACCGAAUUGUCUGUACAAGGACUACUGUAGAGCGUCAAAGGAUAAAAACACACCCGAAACGGCGAUACAAAGAAUGACGAUUACAUAUGGUAGAAGGAUAAUUACAUGGGAACGACAGUAUUGUUUACACGCGGCAUGGAAUAUGCCGAGGGAAUCCUGUCAUAUUGGAUGGAUUUAGGCUACCCACAAUGGAACACCAGCCAUCCGGGACUCCAGUCCCUCUUCUCCUCCACCUACUCACCAGUGGCGGGUGCGUUUAUUUGUAGCUGGAUCCGGUCACUGCCUGCCAUGAAUUAUGUACCGGCGCUGAUCAUCUUUAUUUACCUCAUCUGGCUCUGCAAUAAUUGUGGCUCCUGGUUUCGACAGCAGCCACGUGCCGGUCAAGACCACGACACUGAGGACAGAGCAUUUCCAAACAGGCAACGCCCGGUUAGCCGCCACUGACAAUGGGCAAAUAUCAUCAAACAGUUGGAGACGUCCUGAAUCGGGAUCAUGCCUGGGCGAACCAGGAAAUUAUCACCGAAGCCGUGGUGCUUUUCUGGUUGGCCUUGCAGAUUGCGCUGAAGUUCGGCACCAGAUUCUUCCCCGAAUGGCAGAACACUCGAUUGGAUCCCGAUUAUCAAACUGGUUUGGACAAACUUUUGGCAAGACUGGGACAUCCAGUGGACGGUUGUAUGUGGGAUGGCAUUGUGUCCGCAUGGAAGCCAUCUCGGGCCGAUACCGUUACCGGUAAUCAGUCCACACUGAUUCCGGCCGCCGACGAACGCCGAGGGCGCCUCGGGUAUGUCGCCGUCUUCGUCACCGUAUGCGCCACGGUCCUCCUCAGUGUGUCGGUGGGAUGCUCGCUAUUGGUCAACCGGAACUGGAGAUAUCCGCCAGGGACCCAGCACGUCCGCUGGUGCAAACGGUCCUCCAUCGGCACUUCGCUCCUUCAAAUACCCACACUGCUAAGAGCCGCAGUGACCUGGGUGUACAUGGUGGUGGCAUUUUCUAGCGCUUUUGUAUGUUCUCUCGUCUGGCUGGUGCUGUGGGUACUGCCCGUUUUCCUAGUGGCCGGAGCUGCGGCCGCCGUGGCCAUGAAAAUAUUCGGACAGGAUGCCGUAUUCCCGUGCUGUGUGCUACUGGUGAGCACUCUCAGCAUCCACUGCACCGGCCGUAUUUGGGGUUUGUGGAUGAAGGAUGCGUACUUUACCUGGAUCAAAAACAGGCGGAUGUGCGGUGCCGCGCUGCUUAAAGAUUCGGUAGCGAUGUCGCUCUUAGCGGCAGAAACCAGAAGCCCGUUUGCAGUAGCGAAAGGGAUCACGGCGAAAAGGAUCGAUAAAGAGACUCUUUUUCCGAUACUGCGCCACCUUAUUGAAAUUAAGCUUCAUGAUAUGCUGGUAUAGUGCGGUGAUCGAAAAUAUCCUACCAUUGGAAGUUUUCAUUCCUCCGUCGGAUCUCCUCCGCCGUUCAUGGGCUUGGUGGCGUCUCUUCAUCCCGAAAGAUAGCGACACCGGAACCGACGAAAAGUAUUGUAUGAAGUAUAAAACGGGUAUGAUGUACGUCUCCCAGCCAAUGCUGUCAUAUUGGAUGGAUUUGGACUAUCCGCGGUGGAACACCAGCCAUCCGGCGCUGCUGUCCCUCUACUCCUCCACCUACUCACCGAUAACAUAUCAGCUUCUUUACGGGUGGAUCUGGAUACUGCCUUAUAUGAACAGUGUACCAGUGAUGAUUGCGCUCGUCUACUGGGCCCGUGGCUUCAGAUCCCUGAACCAGUCACGUGACGAACUGAACAAGAACAGCGCUACGAAACCCGGCGAAAUCGAGGAUGGCCGCGACGGAAAGCCGCACGAAACGAUGAACGACAAUAGCAUCGGGACGACCACUCCUGAUACGGCGUGCUGCGUUUCCGACACCGCAAUCCCGGUGGAGAACACGCUGAACGGCCUCUCGGAGCCCUAUUUCUGUGCGUGUUGGUUGGGCGUCGACCUCACCGCCUUCAUUUUGGCUACGCUCCGUCGAGUUGUGUGCUAUUUCUAUAUGGCCUAUCCGCUGGUGCAGUUGCUCGUUCCCGAGGCACUGCAGCUGUGGGCGCUUCUGCUACUGGUGACCGUGCAUGGAGCCUGGCUUUGCUGGAAGCGGCUGCAGGAGGUUCGGGAGUUGCGGCAGGACACACGGGCCCUGGUUCCAUCCACGGGCAGUGAGGGAUGGCGGUCCAACGUCUUUUCCUGGGCUAUAUAAUGCCGCAGUUUCGAUGCGUUAACGCAGGAGCAAUUAGAUAUCCUUAAGCAUACUUUCUACAGCUAGUGGGAAAUUUUACUAAUACAACAGAGCAGUAACAAGUGGAUACAUUUAUCCGAGGCUUACACAAAUUAUUAAUUUUCCAAAAUACAUAAGUGAUUGUUGUUAUUGAUUCAUUUGACUGAGCAUUAUUAAUUUAAGUAGCAGCCUGGAUCCGGAAAAUUUCUUCGUGCGUAUGGACAGCUCUGAAGCACUCACCAUCUGUUCCGUACGGUAUUCCACUACAGCUUUGCAUUCAGAAACUACUCUUGUAUUUCUAGUCUGUAGUUUUGACAUUAA